UUGCCCAGGCCCACAGCCAUGGCCACAGCAGUGGCUCAGAAGCUCAGCCACCUCCUGCCUAGCUUGCGGCAGGUCUGCCAGGAGUCUCAGCCAUCUCUGCCGCCAGAGCCUGUCUUCACAGUGGACCGAGCCGAGGUGCCGCCCCUCUUCUGGAAGCCAUACAUCUACGUGGGCUACCGGCCACUGCACCAGACCUGGCGCUUUUACUUCCGCACGUUGUUCCAGCAGCACAAUGAGGCAGUGAACGUGUGGACCCACCUGCUGGCAGCCCUUGUGCUGCUGCUGCGGCUGGCCAUCUUUGUGGGUACCGUGGACUUCUGGGGGGACCCACAUGCCCUGCCCCUCUUCAUCAUCAUCUUUGCCUCCUUCACCUACCUCUCUCUCAGUGCCUUGGCUCACCUCCUGCAGGCCAAGUCCGAGUUCUGGCAUUACAGCUUCUUCUUCCUGGACUAUGUGGGUGUGGCUGUGUACCAGUUUGGCAGUGCCCUGGCUCACUUCUACUACGCCAUCGAGCCAGCCUGGCAUGCACGGGUGCAGGCCAUUUUCCUGCCCAUGGCUGCCUUUCUUGCCUGGCUUUCCUGCACUGGUUCCUGCUAUAGCAAGUACAGCCAGAAGCCGGGCCUGUUGGGCCGCACUUGCCAGGAGAUGCCCUCAGCGCUGGCCUACAUGCUGGACAUCAGCCCUGUGGUACACCGCAUCUUAGUGUCCCCUGAUCCUGCCUCAGAUGACCCUGCUCUUCUUUAUCACAAGUGCCAGGUGAUCUUCUUCCUGCUGGCUGCUGCUUUCUUCUCAGCCUUUAUGCCUGAGCGCUGGUUCCCCGGCAGCUGCCAUGUCUUUGGACAGGGCCACCAACUCUUUCAUGUCUUUUUGGUGCUGUGCACGUUGGCUCAGCUGGAGGCUGUGGCACUGGACUAUGAGGCCCGGCGGCCCAUUUAUGAGCCUCUGCACAGCCGUUGGCCCCACAACUUCUGUGUCCUCUUCCUGCUCACUGUGGGCUGCAGUAUCCUCACCGCAUUCCUCCUGAGCCAGCUGGUGCGGCGCAAACUAGAGCAGAAGACCAAGUGAACGGGGAUGGCAGCUGCUAGGGAGGGAGGUAUAGGGCUUCACGGGUUCAGGCUUAGCUCCAGGUGGGAACAAGGCCUGGUAAAGUUGUUUGUGUCUGGCC